AUGGCACAAGCCCAAGCUGAGGAAAAGCCUAAAGAAGAACCACCCCACGACAGGUUUCAAAUGAAAGAUCAUCAAGCCAUUUCCAUGGCUCCUGCAAAACCAACAAUCGGUUGUAAAUGUAAUACUCCCAUUUCCAUGGCCGCUGCGAAACAGACGAUCGGUUGUGGUAGUGGUACUAGUGGCAGUAACAACAACGGCAAUGGUGUAACGUUCAAAUUCAAUGCACACGCACCGGAGUUCGUGCCGAAAUCGCAUAACCAAAUGCCCAUCUCGGGUUAUUAUUACCCUUUUUUCCAUUACCUCGGUGGUGGCGCCACCGCCGCCUCUGAGUGGUUCUUCCUUGGUGACCAAGAACCUUCUACUUUUUUGAACUCUAACCCCAGUCUCUCUAUCCCUAAUUGUUCUUCCAAGACUGUUCUCAUGAUGAUCUCCGCCAAAAGAUCAUCAAACAGUGACAUGAGUCUGAUCGCAAACGAAUCGUUGUCGAAGCAAAUAAGUAAAGAUCCCGAAGGUUAUGUUAAUUAUAUUGUUCGGUGCUUAAACGGUUUUUCACUGAUAAGUAUUGCCUUUGCUUUAGUGCCUAUACCUUUUAUUGCUUCAACAAAGAAAAUCAAGUCCCUCAUCACCAACCACCAGUUGCUGGCCCAAGCACUUUGCUCCUCCUUAAAGCUUGUUGUGAGUGAUGAUGGCAAGAAGGUUCGUCGUAAGCACCCAUUCACCGAAAAAGAACGAGAACAAGUGCAGUCUCGUACUGUUGUUGUAGAGAAUUUGCCUGAAGAUCACUCUCAUCAGAACCUUGACAAAAUCUUUAAUGUUGUUGGGAGUGUGAAGAACAUCAGAAUAUGUCAUCCCCAGGAAUCCAAUUCUUCUCGUUCUAAGAACGACUAUUUUAUGUCUAACAAGCUACAUGCACUUGUGGAAUACGAUUCGACAAAGUUUGCUGAGAAGGCGGUUGAGAGGCUAAACGAUGAAAGGAAUUGGCGAAAGGGGCUUCGAGUAAGGCUGCUGCUUAGACUCUCGCCUAAAUCCGUUCUGAAAACUCGAAAAUCAGAAUUCGAUGGCAUAUUAGACGACGAUGAUUCACCCCAUGCUGAACACUCCGAAGGUUCUUCUCCACCAAAUGCUGAAUCAUUUGAGACCAAUGCUGAAAACAGUGCAUUGGGAUUGAAGAAGGGAUGGUCUAAAUCACGCGGGAAACUUCGGGGGUGCGCCCAAAACCACACCGGACGUGGCCUGCUUUCCGGAUCUCCUCAACCUAGCAAUGCAGUCCAAUGCGAAGCAUCGAUGAAACAGAUGUUGAAGGGCCCGAGAAUGCCGGAUGGAACCAGGGGUUUCACCAUGGGACGAGGCAAGCCGUUGAGCUCACCAUUGGAGUGAUGAUGAAUUUCCACAAUUUUUCCAUGUCUGCUAUCUGAUAUUAACAAAAUACUCUGAAAAUAGCUCUGCAUUUUUCCUGAAAGCAGCACGAAAUGAUCAAGUAGCUAUGCAUGGUAUCUGGCCUAUGUAUAGUUUAGUACUGCUUCAUAGCUAUUUGAUGGUCAUCUCCUUCGGGCACACCAAUUUUUCUGGGUUUCUGUUGAGUAUAUUGCUCUGGAUUCAUCAGCUUUCGGCUUUGAAUUCUGUAAUGUAUCCGAAUAAUCCAAUCGAAUCGAUACAUCCGUUUC